AUGCUCGAUCAACAAGCCCUCGAAGUAUUCCGCCUGUGCAUCGAGCUACCAAGCGAGACGUGGGACGAGGCUAACAGGCAAAGCGUGACCGUAGGCAAUCUACUCUACUCCAUGCUCGUGGGCGCCGCAACAUGGAGUGGCGUUACCUCAGUCCUGCCAGACAUCGCACGAGCGCUAGGUGACCUCCAUCGGCACCUGACCAAAUUUGACGUGCUCGUCAUUUCCAACGGGGCGAAGGACGCCGAUGCGUACCUCCUUCACGUCGCAAGGCUAGCUGGGGUUGGCGGCCGGGUGGUUAACCUGGGCGCUCUUGCCGGCGGUUAUAUGUCGCCGUUUUUCUCUGGAGCGACCGCUCUCAUCGGGCCAUCGCAAUUCGUCGCACACAAUCCGGCGGUCCACCGGCACACUGGGGGGCUGCCGGUCAAGGUCUGCCAUCCAGUGAUGGAUGCCGCCCGGCUUCUUGAUGCUGCUCAAGCGUGUCGCACUGCUGGCGCACAGACACCAGACGCCCGCGGGCAGGCGAGAGAGCUCCGCGAAUACGGUGCGAUGAGUGAGGGUGCAACAUAUGCAGCUUGCUCUAGCAAUCUUCCGCCCGCAAGGUUUAUCUUGGUCGGGCGAGUGUCGAGCGAGAAGACGCCUGGGAUGUUCCUGCGUGCCAUGGCGGUUCUUCGGAAGAGAUGGAUGGAAGGGCCACGACGGAGAAGUCAGCCAGAAGGAGUCGUGGUAGGAAACGGCCCGCUUCAAAAUCACAUGGAAAGGCUCGCAUUGGACCUCGACGCAAACGUUAUGUUUAAGGGGUUCCUUUCGGUCGACGCCGUUCCUUGCGAAGUUCAACGGGCGACGGCUCUCGUGUUGCCCUCAACUUGUUCAGAGACAUUCGGGAUGGUGGUACCCGAGGCGAUGCUUCUCGGUGUGCCGGUAGUCACGUUCGGCUUUGGAGGCAGCGGCGAGCUGGUAAGCCAUAUGGAGAACGGCAUGCUGGUCGCGGAAGCCACACCAAAGGCGCUGGCAGACGCCCUCGAGCUCUUAGCGACGGACACUGCUAUGAGAAAUCGCUUAGGGGCGCAAGCUAGACAAGACGCUCUUCGAGUACUUUCUCUGCCGGAAAUGGUGGCUUGCCACACAGACGAAUUUGCAUCUCCCACCAAGCGUUGAGGUGGAGGUUGGACGCUGACGGUAGAGGGUUGUGUAACUUUAAAUGAGCAGACCAUUUGCCCAUCGAACAGAGCCAGGCAUUGUCUAAACAGCGAUGCGUGGCUGCACAAGUUCAAUUUGGUAAUGCUCCACCCCCUGCACGCCCUAUCAUUUGGUUGGAACCUCCGGAACUCUUGACAAACAUGCGUCCUAUAACUGCUGUGGUGUGUUGUACGGACAGCGAACAACACCAGUCGCACACACUUUUCCUUACUCAUGUCACGUCUCCCAACGUUCUGUUGCUCCAUGACAACAAGCAUUGUUUGCUUCUUCAAGAACAUUUAUGGUGAUUGAUUGUCGAUCGUCGUUACAUUGGCAGUUCAAUUAAGCAUCACGGUGCCCUCAUGACGCACGUCAGCGUGCCGCUAUAAACUUGCACAUGAGGGGCACGGCGGCGCCUCCCGAGAAAUGCCAUGAUUUGCGCCCUGAAGAACAUCAAGAAGCACGAUGAGACCCGUAAGCGCAAAACAAAUUAUUGCGUAUGGGGGUCGUAUCCAACCAUGCCACCCUGUUGACAAGGAGUCCUGUGCAACUUGUCGCCUCUCCGCUGUUGUUUACGAAGGCUGGUCGUUUGCCCACGCCUCUCGCACUCAACCCUUGCACAGGUAACAGUGUACACAGAACGCCGCGCGUUUCGCGCAGACUCUUAACCGGCGGUGGUACAUUUUGCGAAACGCCUAAGGGCACCCCGCGAGGAUGCAGACUCUUCCCAGAAACCGCGGAAACGCGUGAAAUUUGAGUAUUCGGGGUACCGGCGUUUUAACUUUAGGCAUUGUUGCGACCUCGAGGUCGGUUCAAGCUCCGAUUGCGGAAUGCUUGCGUCGAGGAUGCAAGGCAGCUGAUCCAACAAGUUCUGGGUGCCCGCCGUUUUCGAAACAAGGCUUUGCGAUUAAAUUCGGUCCGCCUUGAAACCGGCCUCAGCCCAAAAAAGGAUGGCGAGAGCCGUGAGCACUGCUCACGUCACCAGUGUGUGAAAUGAAAGGUGAGGUGCGCUGAAGCACUCGAUGGUGGCAAGAAUCUCUCGCCAGAGCAACACACGGAUCGAUGCUUGCUACGCACCGCACGGGGGCUGCAAAGGCCUGCCUCAAGAAUGGCGGCUCUCAACAGUGCCCCAAAUCAAGUGGUUUUGGCAUGCACAUUCAAUCAUUUCGCCUCGGGAGCUUGCGGGAAUCCUAACUCACCAUGCUACUCUCAAGCUGUAAGCUGUAAUUGCAUCGAUGGAACCCCCAAAAUUCAGGCGUUUCCAUUUGUUUCUAUUUCGAACCAGAGGCUUGCACCCUCCGAGGAUUACCCUUAUACGACGACUUGAUGCCUCAAAGUGACGCGGCACGUUUCAACCACGGCGGUCCUUAGUUCCA